GAGAGAGAAUGAGAGAGUUGAGUGAGUGUGGAAGGGAAUGUCUUCUUGUCUGUGUGAGAGCAGACUCAAUUGUCACGUCAUCUGAUCAUUGCAUACCCCAAUAUGCGGUGCACCCUGGCCCCUCCCCACUCCCCUCUCUCCACUCACCAUGCUUACAUAUAUUAUAUCAAUCCUCUGCUAUAUGCUCUGCUCAACAACGAACACAUAACCCCCAAAUUGAAGAUCCAUGGAGGCGACGAAGAAACAAGGAGGCAAUGGCCAUCACGACCUUCACGUCCAAGCAGUAUGGUUCGCUGCCGGAACAGCCGCGUUGAUGGCGUGCCUGGAACGCGCCGUCGUGGUGUCGUUCGUUGAGCAGUGGCGCGUCCUCGUCUUCCUCGCGCUCAACCUCUUGCUAUUAGCUAUCCUUUUCACUUCUACACGCCCAAAUUCUCCGCCAGAAACCCUAAUAAACACCCCAAUUAUUAGCUGCACCACCGCAGAAGAAGCAGAUGAGGCGGCGAUUGAGAAAGAAGCAGAAGCAGAAGCCGAAGAAGAUGCAGAAGAUCCAGUUGAUGAUUUGAAAUCUGCAGAUAUGUCUAAGGAAGAACUGAAUGAAAGAGCAGAGGCUUUCAUUGCUAUGUUUAGGCAGCAUCUGGCUUCUGAUGCUUUUGCUUUUCACAAAACUACAACUAACAACCUUACUUUCUGCACACAAUUAGCUAAGUGAUCCAUAGAAUUGAAGUUUUGUCUAGCCCAGGCCCCUUUCUGCUACUGCUGGAAAUCCUGGAAUAGAAUGCCUUAUAUAUAUAAUAUAGUUUCUGACCAUUAUAUUCUUAUAUUUUUCUUCCCUCAUCAUCCAUUCUACUCUACACACACACACAUAUAUAUAUAUAGAUUUUGGUUCCUGUGAGAUCACCUCUUCCCGUGCGGUCAGUGCAGCAUACACCA